CCGAGAUCCACCAGGGGGCGCAGCGGACUGAAGACGCAAACAUGGCGGCUUCCAGUGUUUUCAGAUCGGGUCUCUUUACCCACAAAGUUGCGAUAGUGACGGGAGGGGGGACCGGCAUCGGCAAAGCGAUCUCUGCAGAGCUGCUGGAGCUCGGCUGCAAUGUGGUGAUCGCCAGCAGAAAACCCGAGAGGCUGGAGGCAGCGGCUCAGGAGCUCCAGCAGAAAAUCCCCCCGUCCAGCCCUGCAUCCGUCACUCCCAUCUCGUGCAACAUCCGCAGCGAGGACGAGGUGAGGGCACUGGUGUUGUCGGUGCUGAGGCGGUACGGGAGGGUCGACUUCCUGGUGAACAACGGAGGAGGGCAGUUCAGCAGCCCGGUGGAGCACAUGUCCUCCAAAGGCUGGAAGGCUGUGAUCGACACCAACCUGACUGGGACCUUCCACUGCUGCAAGGAAGUGUACACCGCAUGGAUGAAAGAGCACGGAGGCGCCAUCGUCAACAUCAUCGCCGACAUGUGGAAAGGCUUCCCAGGCAUGGCGCACACCGGAGCAGCGAGAGCAGCAGUGGACAACUUGACCAAGAGUCUGGCCAUCGAGUGGGCCCACUCAGGGGUCCGAGUCAAUGCCGUCGCACCUGGCACUAUUUUCUCCAAGACUGCGAUGGAGAACUACAAGGAGUUUGGGCCGACGCUUUUUAAGAUGUCUGUUCCCUUCAGCCCUGCAAAGAGACUGGGAGUACCAGAGGAGAUCUCCCCAGUGGUGUGUUUCCUGCUCUCUCCUGCUGCCUCAUACAUCUCAGGAGCCACCCUGAGGGUCGAUGCAGGACAAAGUCUUUACCACGCCUUGUGGGAGAUACCGAACCACAGCUCCUGGCCUGAGGCUCCAGAGGGGGAGAAUAUGGACGCUCUGAAGGAGCUGCUCAACCCCAACAGCAAACUCUAACAUGCUUUUAUGACUGAUCAAUACACACACACACACACACACACACACACACACACACACACACACACCACAGAUUCACCACAGUGGCCUGACUGUGAGGGUGUUUGAUUCAUUAUGUAAAUAAUUGUGCAUAAUUAAAGGAUUAUCAAUGUGUGCGAAUACUUUGUGGAUGCUGAUAUUUACUAGAUUGACAUUUCUUGUAUGCAAAUCAUUUGUGAUUAUCACCUGUGCCAUGAACUGAUUGAAUUCUGCUUGACUUACACCUAAGUUCUUAAUAAACAAACAAUGAAAAAG